AUGGCGGCCUCACAGAUAGCCAUAGCAGAAACCAUCCGCGGCAUGAAACUUGCCCUCCGUCGCAAACGAGCAACCUCACCCGCACGCUCGCUCGCUUCCUCCGAAGACGACGCAGACGACACCCACACCCACGCCAAUCGCGGCAACAAGCUACGCUCCAGCGCACAGUAUGCUCAAGAGGGCCGUCUGGACACUACAGGUGGCCAGGCGCGAUAUAAGCGCAAGGUCCAGCACGCCGGCCGCGAACGCUGCAUUAUCAAGAAACGCCCACGCCUCUACGAUGAAGACGGCGAUGUGGUGGAUCCGGCCGAUAUCCCUAGUGAUGUUGAGGAGGCCGAGUUCGGGGAGGCGGUCGAGGAGGAUCCGUUUGGGAACGUGCAGUUGCAUCAUUUGCUGCGCCCACUGACGAGCGCGGCAGAGUUGUGCGAGCAUCCGAGUCUGAGUCAGGGAUUUACUGAUGAAGCUUUACUUGACGGAGAGGAGGAGACGGUAGAUCAGACUGGCCUUGCGGACGGCUUCGGUGAAGUAGAUGCGCUGCUGCGAAUGGGUAGGCAAGUGGAUUCGGAAAGUGGAGAGGGAAUGGAGGGAGUACAAAUACAAGACCACGUUGAACCGACGACAUAUACCACAGCGGAUGCUCAGAAUGGCGAAGCUAUUGUUAGUGCUGAGGCAAUGACAAACGGCGAGCCAACCAAUCCAACAAUCGACUCCCUCGCAGUUCCGGACAACGAAGACCAAUCCUCCAACUCCGGCGCCUCCAAUCCCUCCGGCGCACCCUCCCACAGCAUGACCACCCGCGCGCGUGCUCGGAGCCCGCAACUCCCCAUCUCACCUUCGCCAUCACCCAGCGACAGCGCAAGCAUACCAGCCAUACAUCCCUGGUUCCUCCCCUCCUCGAACCCUAUAACCCUCCACCCCAACCCCUUACUUCGCGGCCCCGAAGCAGAAGAAACACUAAAAAUGCUCCUCCUCUAUAUCCAGAAGACAGAAAAUAUCCUCCGACAUCUGGAGACUCUCUAUACCGGCUUAGCGCGAGUAGAGAGACAGAGGAAAGAUGUGUGGAAAGCUUGUAAAGCUGAGAGACACGUAGUGGGUGAUGGCAAGGGAGGCGUGGUGACCGAGAUGAGCGAUGGCGAGGAUUGGGUGGAUGUGGAGGAGUGGGGAAUUAGUGGUGUCUACUUGGCGGAGGGGGGUGGAUUGGAGAAGGGGAAGGAUGAGGUUGAUGAUGUGGCUGAGGAGGAGGGGAGACGAGUUGGUGGGAGGAGGAGGAGGGUGGUCGGGAGAUGA